AUGCGAAGAAAGGCAGCAGCAGCAGCUCCAAAGAGGCAGCAGCAGCAGCAGCAGCGGCAGCAGCAGCAGCAAAGACUGCAGCAGCAGCAGCAGCAGCAGCAGCAGCAGCACAAGCGUGGACCGAAAGGGAGAGCUAACGGCAACAACACGAACAGCAGCAACAGCAGCAGAAGAACCAGCAGCAGCAGCAGCAGCAGCAGCAGAACCGACAGCAGCAGCAGCAGCAGCAGCAGCAGCAGGCGAAGCAGUUUUCUAGAUGAACAACCACAAGUCAACAGCAAAUGCAGCAGCAGCAGCAGCAGCAGCAGCAGCAGCAGCAGCAGCAGCAGCAGCAGCAGCAGCAGCAUCUCUAACAUAGAGCUGCAGCGCUUGGAGCGGUCCUGUCGUAUGCUGCGGCGAACAGCAGCAAAGGACCGCAGCAGCAGCAGCAGCAGCAGCAGCAGCAGCAGCAGCAAUGAGAGCAACUGCAGCAGCAACGGAGAGACUGGCGUUGACGGGCUGCCUGUAAGCUCGUCUGCUGCUGCUGCUGCUGCUGCUGCAGCACCUGCUGCUGCUACUGCUGCUGCUGCAUCUACUGCAGCACACGUAGCUCGCAUAGGUGCUCCUGCUGCACCUGCUGCUGCUGCUGCUGCUGCACCUGCUGCUGCUGUAGCAGCAAAAUGUUUGGGGGCCGAGACACUCCCUCCUAAACUCCCUGCCGCUGCAGCAGCAGCGGGAGCUGCUGCUGCAGUUCCUGCAGCAGCACCUGCAGCAGCUCCUGCUGCAGCUCCUGCUGCAGCUCCUGCUGCUGCGCCUGCUGCUGCUCCUGCAGCAGCACCUGCUGCUGCUCCUGCUGCAGCUCCUGCUGCAGCUCCUGCUGCUGCACCUGCUGCAGCUCCUGCUGCAGCUCCUGCUGCUGCUGCACCUCUUCCUACUGCUGCAGCUCCUGCUGCUGCAGCUUCUGGUGCUGCAGCUCCUGCUGCUGCAGCUCCUGCUGCUGCAGCUCCUGCUGCUGCAGCUCCUGCUGCUGCAGCUUCUGCUGCAACAGCUGGUGCAGCAGGAGGUGCAGCAGCAGCGCCAGCAGCAACUGGUGCUGCUCUAGCUCCAGCUGCUACAGCUCCUGCUGCUGCACCUCCUGCUGCUGCAACUCCUGCUGCUGCAGCUCCCGCUGCUGCAGCUCCUGCUGCAGCGCCUCCUGCUGCUUCUGCUGCUACAGCAGCUUCUGCUGUUCCCGAUGCUGCAGCUUCUGUCGCUGCAGCAGCACCGCCUGCUGCCUCCCACAGCAACAGCAACAACACCAACAGCAACAGCAGCAGCAACAACAGCAGCAGCAGCAGCAGCGGCAGCAACGAAGGGGAGGGGAGCUCAUCUAGCAGCGCGUUUGUAGCGCCACAGCAGCAGCAGCAACAGCAGCAGCAGUCACAGCAGCAGCUGCAGCAGCAACAGCAUCAACAGCAGCAGCAGGUGCAGCAGCACCAACAUCAGCCUCAGCACCAGGAGCUGCAGCAGCAGCAGCAGCAGCAGCAGCAGCAGGUGCUGAGCCCUCCAGAGGAGGUGAAGGAUGAACAGCAGCAAGACAAACAGCAGCAGCAGCUACUGCCCGAGCAGCAGCAACAGCAGCAGCAGCAACAACAGCAGCAGCAACAGCAGCAGCAACAGCAGCAGCAACAGCAGCAACAGCAGCAGCAACAGCAGCAGCAACGGCUUCCUCCGAAGCUGCACAGUGAAGAACAGCGAGCUGAUGAGAAGAGGCAGCAGCAGCAGCAGCAGCAACAGCAAAAGCAGCAGCAGCAGCAACAGCAUCAACAACAGCAGCAGCAGCAGCAGCAGCAGAAGCAGCAACAUCAACAGCAGCAGCAGCAGCAGCAGCAAGGACAAAACCCGCUGCUAGCAAGUGCGCGUAGUGCUGCGCUGCUGCUGCUGCUGCAGCAGCAGCAGCAACGGCACCUUCAAGCAGCAGCAGCGCAGCAGCUGCAGCAAGACAUCUCGCCGCAGCUGCAGCAGGAGGCGCUGCGUUUGUUGCUGCUGCAGCAGGGGCAGCAGCAGCAACAGCAGCAGCAGCAGCAGCAGCAGCAGCAGAAUCCAUAUCAGCAGUCGCUGCAGCAGCUGCUGCAGACCCCAAUGCUGAUGCGGCAGCAGCUGCUGCAGCAGCUUCUGCUGCAGAUGCAGCCGCCAGAAGCGCAGCAGCAGCAGCCGCAGCAGCAGCAGCAGCAGCAGCAGCAGCAGCAGCGGGUUAUGCCUUCGUCGGCAGCAGCUACUCCAGCAGCUGCAGCAGCAGCAGCUGCUGCUGCAUUGAAGAGCAGUGCUGCUGCAUCCUUCGCAGCAAGAGCAGCAAAUGCAGCAGCAGCAGCAGCGGCAGCUGGUAGACGCGCUGCUGCUACUGAAGCAAGUGUAGGGAUAAAGGCUGCUGCUGCUGCUGCUGCAGUCCAACAGCAGCAGCAGCAGCAGCAGCAGCAGCAGCAGCAGCAACGACAGCAGCAGCAGCAGCAGAAACCCAACGCUGGCGUUCCUGCUGCUCCUCCCAUUACAAUUGUCCUAAGCGACGAUGACUCCAGCAGCAGCAGCAGCAGCAGCAGCAGCAGCAGCAGCAGCAGUAGCAGCAGCAGCAGCAGCAGCAGCAGCUGA